AUGCCGAAGGUGAAAACGAACCGGGUUAAUUAUCCGGAAGGAUGGGAGCUAAUCGAACCCACGCUCCGCGAGCUACAAGCGAAGAUGAGGGAGGCCGAGAACGAUCCACACGACAACAAGAGAAAAUGCGAGGCCCUUUGGCCGAUUUUCAAGAUCGCGCAUCAGAGGAGCCGGUACGUUUUCGAUCUGUACCACCGGAGGAAGGAGAUAUCGAAGGAAUUGUACGAGUUCUGUCUGGAUCAGGGGUACGCGGACCGCAACCUGAUCGCGAAGUGGAAGAAGCCCGGUUACGAGAGGCUUUGCUGCCUGAGCCAAGGGACCAUAACUUCCAGACGACAUGCGUUUGCCGAGUCCCGAAGCAUCUGCGCGAGGAGAAGGUCGUGGAGUGUGUGCAUUGCGGCUGUGGGGGCUGUGCGAGUGGGGAUUGAGGAUUGGUCGUGGGUCGCGAAGAAAGUUCUGUUUGUGGCGGCCUUGGUUCUCGCCUACAUCCAAUGUAACACUGAGCAUACUAAUCUUAUACCAUCGAAGCUAUGUGAGGCUGUACUUGAUGAGCAU